AUGUCAGACGUUCGUCUGCACAACACUCGAAUGCGUGGCAAUUCGGCGAAACGGAAAACGCCGCUGCCAUCGGCCCAACAAUCGCCAAAGAAAAUCAAAACCGAGGUGAGUCUGGAGCACGAUGAAUCCCCAGACGAUGCGAGAACUCCCAUAAAAAAGGUGAGAAUUUCGGUGUUCACGAAAAAUCGAUUUGUUCAGGAAAGUCUCUCAAACUCCCAGGCGUCGACCGAACAAGAUAGUGAAAACUCCGAUAUUGAUAUUGUCCUUCCAGUUGAUCGCGAAUCGAGUACAACGAAUGACGAAUUUGAAGAACUUGAGCCCGAGAUGGUGUUCAGCAGCUUCCCAUGCCAAAUUGUGCCGGAAACAUUGAUUCGGCUCACCAAAACGCCUGUAGAAGGAGAGCAUCUGGAGGUUCGACGCAAUAAAAAUGGCCGGCUGCGCAUCAUCGUUGUAGGGCAUUAUCGAAAAUUCUCGUGCUAUUCAACAAUGACCCAUCGGCCUUGUAUCGUGUGUAAUCGUCAAAUGCAAGCCGGCGAAAUGCAUUUGAACUUUCCCGUUGAUCUCGAUCGUCGUCGAAUUUGGGCGAACCUUCUCGGAUUCAAAUACAAGGACAUAUUGCGCUCAAAAGUCGGACCGAUUAGCUAUUCGAUUGCCGGCGGCCCGAUUUGCACCGAGCAUUUCGCCGAAGAAUGCUUCCGCAAUCAUAAUUUCAAUAAAGCGGCGAUUGAGGCGUUCGGCGUUCCGGUGGCGAUAUCGCCGGACGUCAAAACGACGCCGUCGAAGAAGCGCGUGCCGUGGGUGUGCACGAUAUGCGAUUAUUGCACGUGUAGCGUCGUCGAACUUCAGAAACAUCUACUUGAUCACGCCGAAGAGAUGGCGAAUGGAAUUAAGAAUUUUGAGAUUCCCUCACUCGGCUUCAUGUGUCCAUUCUGCCGAAAAUGCACAUAUGGAUAUCGAACCAUCAGCGGAUUCAAGAGGCAUCUUCUAUCGCCGCCGAUUCAGCAUUGCCAUUUAAGACGGAUCUACGAGUUCGCGAAAAUGAAUUGUCGCGCUUCUGAGCUCGAGCCAAUCGAGAGCUGGGCGAAUUGGACGCGUCGAAAUGUGUACGUGGCGUAUCAUGGAUGCGAGCCGCCCGUCGAUGAGGUCAUUCUGACGCCGUCGCCUCAAAAAUCGCCGACGAAGAAUUUCCAAGCGAAGGAGAAGAAUGACGAUGUGGCGCGGCGGAAAAAAGCGGUUCGCACGCUGUCGUUUGUCGGAAAAGAGGGCGGCACGGCGAUCAACGAUUGCAAUCUACUCCAGCGAGCCGUCCAAAUGCAAUACAACAAGAUGAGCAAAGAGAUGAAGACGGAAGAGGCGAAGAAGAAUUCGGCGCGCGGCACGAUGUCGGCGAUGACGUCGCCGGUGAAGAAGCGCGUUUCGGCGACCGGCGACAACGCGUCGAGUUGUCCGAACUCGCCGGCGAAAAGCUUCGCUAGCGAGGAGCCAAAAAAGAAAAUUGAUGAUUAUGCGUUCGCCAAAAUGAUUGAGAAACGCGCCAAGGCGGUGAAGCGGCUCAUCAGCGCGAAAAUGCUACCGCAGGCGGUGAAGCCGAGAAAAGCGGUCGUUUCGCUGCCGAAAUUGUCGGCGACAUUGGAAAUGGCGAGUCAGCAAGAAGCGGCGAAAUCGGCGACGGAUGUGAAGGAGGAGGACGAGGAUGAGGAGGACAAAUCCGACACGCCAAUCUUGAAGAAACCGAAAGCUGAGGCGGAGGAUGACGAACGGCCAUUGAAAUCCGUUUUGGCGAGGUCGUUUGCGGCAGGUCACCGCCCACCGAUGGUCCGUUUUAAGACGUCAAUGCCGCCGAUUGAUCCGGAGCUCCUCAAGAGCCCGCAAAAAACCAUAACUCAGCAAUUUUAUGCGGACUUGCGAGCGUCGCAAGAAGCGAUCCCGUUGAUUCCGCAAGAAGCGCCGAAGCGAUUGGCUGCCGGCUCGUCGAAAUUGUCGAUAUUCAAUCGAAGGCCGAUUAUUCUGUCAUCGCGGGGAUCGUUGACGCGCAAGAAUUUGAGCAUGUCGGAUUUGGCCAAUAUGGAACAGAGCCCGACGCCGCAAGACGAUGGUGCCACGAUAGUGCAGGACGAGCAACCGUGCUCGUCGGCCUCGGUGUCGACCGAGAAGCGUCCGAUGACGAUUGUUGAAGCUUUGGAGAUUUCAUCGAAGACCGAAACCAACACCAAUAUUGGCGUCAAAGAUAUUCCCUUGAACGGCUUCUAUCAGGAGCUUGACGAGGUGAUGCGAGUGAAGAAGCUGACGAGAUUGAGGCAAGAAUUGCGAAUGUCAAAGCAUUGCAUGAGACAACUUGAAGCGGCGAGCGCCAGAGCCCGCCUGUUCGGAACGCCGGAAACCGGCGACAGUGGCAAUUACGAAGUGGUGCAGACGAAAGAAGGUCCGCAGUUGGUUGAGAAGCUCGAUUCGGAAUGGAAAACGCCGAAAUAA